UGCAAAACUUGUAAUAAGUGUUUUGCACAAAAGGGGCAUCUACAGGUCCAUAAAAGAUCCCACACUGGAGAAAAGCCAUACCAGUGCAAAAUUUGUGACGAGUGCUUUGCACAACAGGGAAAUCUACAGGUACAUGAAAGAUGCCAUUGUAGAAAGAAGCCAUACCAGUGCAAAACUUGUGAUGCGUGUUUUACACUAAAGGGAAAUCUUAAGGUACACGAGAGAUCUCACACUGGAGAGAAGCCAUACCAGUGCAAAACUUGUGAAAAAUGUUUUACACAAAAAGCAAAUCUACAGGCACAUGAGAGAUCCCACACUGGAGAGAAGCCAUAUCAGUGUAAAACUUGUGACAAAUGGUUUACCAAUAAGGGAACUCUACAAUUACACGAAAGAAUCCACACUGGGGAGAAGCCAUACCAGUGCAAAACCUGUGACAAGACAUUUUCUCGAAAAGGAACUCUACAAAGCCAUGAAAGAACCCACACUGGAGAGAGGCCAUUCCACUGUGAAACAUGUGAUAAGCAGUUUACUCAAAAAAGAGAUCUAAAAGUCCAUGAGAGAUUCCACACAGGAGAGAAGCCAUACCAGUGCAAAACUUGUGACAUGUGCUUUCCCCAGAAAAGAAGUCUACAAACCCAUGAGAGAUCCCACAUUGGAGAGAAGCCAUACCAUUGCAAGAAAUGUAACUAGUUGUUUACACAAAUAGGAAAUCUAUGAAGACAUGAAAGAUCCCACACUGGAGAAAAGCCAUACCAGUGUAAAACCUGUGAUAAGUGGUUUUCUCAAAAAGCAAAUCUACAAGUACAUGAACGAACCCACGCUGGAGAGAAGACGUAUCACAGAAAAACUUGUAACAAGUCGUUUAUACAAAGACUCCAUUGCUCUGAGGAGCUGCCAGUGCAAAUUUUGGUAGAGGUGUUUUGGAGAGAGGAGACAUCCACAUCAUUUGAGAUUACUUUUCCUAUCAAGGAGUGUCUCCCAGUUUAUGCUUCUACUGACAAAGUACAUAGAAAGCGGGAAAUCAAAUCACUUUACAAAGAAUCUGCAAAACCUAGAAGCAACCAGUGUCUGGAAAAGGAAUUUAAAUGCAAUACAAGUAUUUUAAACAAGAGAGAAAUCGAAGAACAGGAUCCCACUCUGGAGAAAGGCCUUAUUAAUACAUGUGAUAUGAGGCUUUUUCAUAGGGGAAACCUACGAACACAUGAAAGAACACACACUGUAGAGAACCCACACCAGUGUAAAACAUGUGACAAGAAGUUUAAACUAAAGAGAAGUCUUCGAGUCCAUGAAAGAACCCACACUGGAGAAAAGCCCUACCAGUGCAAAACCUGUCACAAAAGGUUUACUAAGAAAAGAGAUCUACAAGCACACGAGAGAUUCCACACUGGAGAGAAGCUAUACCAGUGCAAAACUUGUGAAAAGUCUUUUACUCGAAAGGGAACACUACAAAAGCAUGAAAGAAUGCACACUGGACAGCAGCUUCAUUCUUUAGAUAACGAUGAAACGUUUACUUGCUGGAUUUGCCAGGAGGAACUGGGCAGUACUUCCCAGCUCCUUAGGCACUAUGAUGAACACAUGAGGUUGCUUUGAUUUUAUUUUUGAUCAGCUUAUCUGAUUUCCUUGGGCUGCUUUGAGCAUAUAAGUAUGUAACUCUUUGUGGAUCCUGACCACAGCUGUUCUACAAGGAAUUAAAUCAAGCGCGAAUAAAAACCUUGUGUCGAAUCUGUUACACGCCUGUCCAAGGAAGACGUUUUGUGGCUCAUGCUGCCUCCUGGCGCGAGGUUACCCAGUUGUGUUGGGUCAUGGUGAAGCAACCAAACUUAAACUAAAACACACUUACGAUUAAUUAUGUAAACUUUUGUUACCUUUAUAUGGACCCUUUGCGUUUGGAAAAAGGCCCCGAAGAUAACCGUAAAAAAAGUUAUGAUAUUAUAGAGGCAAGGAUUUAUGAUGUGAAUUUAGUUUGUUUCAAAUAAAUUUGAACACGAAGCGGGGGGGAGCGAGGAGAUCUGGGACUGAGAAACGAUGAUCUCAUAAUUUGUAAAGCGGUCAAUUCACGGGCCUGUCAGCGGGCUAACUAAGCUACGCGGACCUUUGAAAUCCUUCACGUGCGAAAUGUGGUCUUGGAAGUUAAACUAUAUAUUAUGGAUACGCCCUUUUCUUUUGCCUGUGUGUUGAUUUUUUUUUUUUUGCGAAGCCCGUUUGAAGAUGCGAGGAACUUUAAAAUACAAAUCCGAGCUUAGAUUGAAAAUGUCUUCGUCGGGAAUUGUAAAUUGCAACUCAUUCUAAGCUUCGGUAAAAAUCGUUAAAACACCUCCGCACAUUUCGCUUGCCGUCACUUCAAAUGAACGGGUAUUUGAGGAAAGCAGCUUUGACUUGUCAACGGCGAUAAAUGUAGCAAGUGCUUAUUCCGGCCUGAUGUGCGUUACAACACAGUAAGCGUCUUUGAUCCUUAGAACAGAACCAGCCAGGCAAAGCUCCUUAAUUUCCUGGAUUGACCGCUACAUUUUUUUCCUUGUAAACACCUUGUGCUCGUCUUCAAUGUAAUGUUACUUCGCUGACAAUUUCCAGUGAGAUUGCUUUGCAAGUUGCGAGAACAUCGUUCGAUUUCAUUUAAGAGAAUGUACGAGAAGUAGCUUACCUAGCCCCGUUUGAACAAAAUCAAUACUAUUAUUUUCAAGAUACCUUGAACGUCUUAGUUUAGUAUUUCUUCGUUUUUUCACGUGUUAAACAUUCAAGGUUGUAAACCAAUGAUAGAUUGUUUCACCAGAUCAGUUAACAUUUCAACUUCAAGCAUUUCCAAUUUUGAGAGCGACUACACGUACUCA